CUGCUGCAGGGCAGGGCAUUGCACUCUUAUGCUGAAUUAGACCAUCUGUUGUCUGGCUGUUACUGACGGUGGCUCUCCAAGGCUUCAGGCAGAGAAAGAUCCUUGAGCUGGAAAUGCUUGGGUUGAAUUUUGGGUCUCCUGCAUGCAAAGUGGGCCCAGCUCCAAAGCUGCAGAAGAUGUCAACGUUACAUUUGAAGAUCAACAAAAAAUCAACAAGUUUGCAAGAAACACCAGCAGAAUUACAGAACUGAAAGAAGAAAUCGAGGAUAAAAAGAAACAGCUUCAGAACCUGGAAGACGCGUGUGAUGACAUCAUGAUGCUGGAUGAUGAUUCUGUGCUGAUACCAUACCAAAUCGGAGACGUCUUCAUUAGCCACCCCCAAGAAGAAACUCAAGAAAUGUUGGAGGAGGCAAAGAAAAACCUGCAGGAAGAGAUUGGAGCUUUGGAGUCACGAGUAGAAUCCAUCCAGAGAGUAUUAUCAGACCUCAAAGUCCAACUAUAUGCAAAGUUUGGCAACAAUAUAAAUCUUGAGGCAGAAGAUAAUUAAAUAUCCUAAAAAUAGUAUCUGUUUUUUUCUUUUGUACUAAUUGUUUCCCUGUUACAAUUAUGCUUUAAGAGGCCCCACCCAUUUGUUUUUUAAGGAAAAUUAUAUUUGGUUGACUGUUCAAUGUAUUUAAUGAACAGAUUUUUGCAUACUGUAAUUAUUUAUGUUAAGACCAUAAAUCCAAAUACUGCUGGUUCAUCAUCAAAGUUGGUUGCUUAAAAGUUUAUUGAAAUAAUAAUUAAAAUAAUAAGCAUCG